GAGUGUGAGAACAAAAGGUGAAGGGGCUAACAUUUAGCAAGAGGGGACGGUUAUGAGGGGACAGCAUUUGAAGUCACACUUCUCUUUAAUGUUCACUUUCAUUUGUUUGGGGACCCUGCUGACCACUCUCCUCUGGUCCAUGGUCAACAGCAGCAAUGAACGUCACAGACCACCUCCUCAAAAGAAAAGCCAUCCUCCGCCCUCUGAACUCUGUGAAGGCUGCAAGGAGGUCAUCGACAAAGUGAAAGAGCGUUACUCUCAAACCUGGAAAAAGCAGGAAGUCAGUUACCAAAAAUUCAGAUUACAGCUGAGCAUCGAGUGCAAUGGUUUUGACAAGGCCAUCAUUACUCAGGCCAACACUCCGGUGGGAUCCAAGAUUGUGUAUGACGGGGAAAGGAAGAGGACCCUCAACGUGACCCAGGAGAUUUUCAGUACCUUUGCAAAGGAGCAUCCGUUUCAAAACAAAAGAUGGGACACGUGUGCUGUUGUCGGGAACGGAGGGAUCCUGAGCGACAGCGGCUGUGGAAAGAUGAUCGAUUCAGCUCAGUUUGUUAUCAGGUGCAACCUGCCUCCUUUGGAAAAUGGCUAUGAGGAAGAUGUGGGCAUCAAGACUGACCUUGUGACAGCAAACCCAACAAUUCUCCGAAAUAAGUAUGGGUCUCUAAAUGGGUAUCGACGUCCGUUUGUGGAGAGUCUGCGUACCUACGGCAACUCACUGCUGCUCCUUCCCGCCUUCUCCUUUGGCUUCUCCACUCCUGUGUGCCUGCGGGCUGCCUACACCACUUUGGAAUUUGAAAGCCCCACACGGGCUGUCUUCUUCAACCCUGACUACCUCAAGAGUCUGGCCCAGUUCUGGCGCUCCCAAGGCUUACAAGAAAUGAGGCUCAGCACUGGAAUAAUGAUGGUUAGCCUGGCGCUGGAAAUCUGUGCUGAUGUGCAUCUUUACGGGUUCUGGCCUUUCAGUAAUCACCCACAUGGACUCUAUGCCCUGACUAACCACUACUAUGAUGACAUGAAAGCUAAGCAAAAAUUUCACGCCAUGCCAGCUGAGUUUGACCUCUUGUUGAAGCUGCACAGUCAGGGGGUUUUGAGGCUUCACCUGGGAGACUGUGGACCAGGUGGAAAGUAGUUCCUAUACCCAGUGGCAGCUGACUGGACAGGAACAAACUGUUGUGGAUGGACUUACAUGGAAUACUGACUUGGCUCAUCAGUAGCCAAAACAUUUGCACUGAAAUCAAAAUGCAACAAUCAUAAGACAACGUUACAAAAACACUCUUGCUGUGUGUAAAAAGCUGUGUUUAUCACCACAAAUGUUCAGCUGGUGUCUGCUGGAGGUUAUUUUGAUUUAAAUGUUCCACUUCUGCAUAUUGUUUGCACAUGUUAGAUACUGCAUAUCAUAGUGCACUGAGAUUUGUUGCAAAUUGUAAAGGCCUGACUCAUCACUCUACGCUUUAUUCUAGGGCUGGUUGGCCUUCUUUGACCUUUUGUAGGCUCAAUCACUGGUAUUU